UUUAUGUGACCAUGGGAACCAGUGAAUUCGGCACCGCUCAAACGUCAAAUUAGUGAACUCGUGCAUCGGUCCAUACGUUCUAGGGAGUCUACUAUCAAUUUUUGCGGAAAUUUUGCCACGAGGCCAGUGUAGUGGUUAUGGUUAGAAUGCUCAGCCUUUGUUCAAUCUCUAACUCGAUUAGUACAACUAACACUUUGUUUCGGUUAGGGGUACUCAAGUAGCAAGACAAAUAUCGAACUUUUACACACAUCACCAAAUAUAGCAAUUUCGCUGAGUAUUCUAACCAUAACCAAUACAGGCAGUUUAGAAGAAUUUCUAUAGAUUUUGUUCCAGGCAAUCUUUGCUAAAGCUACGUUUAGUACUCCACAGAGAAUACUCUAAAAAAAUUCCCAGAAACUAUCAUAGGAUUUCUUCCAGAUAUUUUUCCUACUGAUUCUUCUAGGAGAGAAACUGUUAGAAAGAAAAUCUGCAACCGAUUUUUCAAGGAAAGCUUCGAGGAAUUUCUACAGAUUUUGCUCCAGAUAAAACAUGGGACGGAAAUGUUGUGUGCCGAAAUGCAGCUCCAACUACGAUGCAGUGCUACGACGAGGCCAAUCUACUAUCAGCACUUUCAAGUUUCCGGAAGACAAACACCUGCGAGACCUUUGGAUCACUGCACUGAACAGGGACCCUAGCUGGCAACCAGGCAGCACGGCAAGCAUCUGUAUAAAUCACUUCCAACCGGAAGACAUUUUGCGCUACGACAAGCCGGCUAAACUGAAACCGGAUGCAGUUCCAUCGAUAUUUAGUAAGAGCGCAAAGCAGGGACCAGUUGUUAAGCGAGGUCGACCAAAAAGGGGUACAGCUAAAUUGGAUGCAUUAGAAAAUUUCAAAAACGACGACAAGCAUUAUUUGAAUGAGGAACACAUCGAUCCUGCAGAUAAUGUCAUGAAAGAAAUGAUUCUUGGUUUCGACAAUUUUCGACAGCGUGUAUCGGAAAAUAUGACCACAGAUAAUUGGCACUAUUAUGAGAGCGCUAAUGUGUUACAUUUUUAUAACAUUACAGAACAAGAUGCUGACAGCGCCAUUCGGAUAGAAAAUAGCAUAAAAGUGUAUGACGACAUGAAAAUUAAACUGUUUUUGAAAGAUGUCAAGCAAGCUGAUGAGAGUCUCAGAUGGAUUCUUGAUCACGAUAUGAAACUUCUCGAAUGGUCACAGUUUGAAACUUUAUUGCAGAAGUAUGAUUCUAAGGUGUAUCGUCCAAGAGAAGAUCCAGCAGAUCAAUUCAAACAACAGACAAAUGAAUCGGAAAUGUUAAAUCAUGAUGAAGACUCACAAAUAUUCGAAGAAGAAUAUCUUGAUCAAUCAGAAGAUGGUGAAGUGGAGUUUCUAGAAAUAGAUGAACACAUUGAUGUUGAAAACGAGGUCGGAACUAAUCGCAACCCUCUGAGGAUUCAGAAGGACCGCUCAAGAACAGUACAAGAGCGCGCCGAACGAAAAAAUGUUCGAGAAAUAGCGCAAAAGUUGAAGAAUAGCAAACAUAGAUGUUUUAUCUGUGAUAAAGAACAUGAUUCGAGUGAAGAAUUUGAACGACAUUUGACCAUCCAUGCAGACAUGUUACCGUUUCACUGCGAUCGAUGCAUAUCGGAGACAGUGACCAUCAAGACGCUGGCUUCGCUGAAUAAGCAUCUACUUAUGCAUCAAAAACCGUUAAAAUGUCGUACUUGCGAUGUGAGAUUCUCCAAUUACGGUACACGGCUUUUGCACGAACAAAACAGUCAUGAAAACCGAGGUCCAUUUACGUGUGAAGUUUGUGGAAAGAUUUCCCAAUCAUUACGAGGCCAUCAGCACCACUUCAAGAUCCACACAAAUCCCGAAUCAAUGAAAUGUCAACUAUGUGGGAAACAACUUUCCUCUAGUUAUGAACUUAAGCUGCAUAUGCGGAUUCACACUAAGGAAAAACCGAAUAAGUGUCCAUUCUGUCCAAUCUCCUUCAAUCGGAUAUCCAAUCUGGUCGUCCAUAAACGUCGCUUGCAUGGUACUGAAAAGCCAUUUCGAUGUUCACUGUGUGAAGAACUUUUUGGGUCAGACAAAGAAUUGAAGCGACAUCUUACUACUCACGAUCCAGAACCAUCCACAAAUUCCAAAGAAAAUCCUAUCCGACAUGUUGGAAUAGUGCAAUCGAAUGAAGGGAACAAAGAUCAUUAUUGCAAAGCAUGCAACAAGCUUUUGCCAAACGCUUCUGCCUAUCAUUCACAUAUGAGGAAGCAUCGCAAACGCUACCAAUGCAGCUACUGCGGGCUUCGCAUUGGUCAAUUCAGGGAUUUCAUCGAUCACGAGAAUACACACACCGGAAAACGGCCCUACAAAUGUGAAGUGUGUGCGAAAACAUUCAAAACCUCGUCCACCUACUAUGGCCACCGAGCUGUUCACUCCACAGAAAAACGAUUUAAUUGUGAAUUUUGUGGGCGACGAUUCAACAGACUGAGACAUCUGGUCAUCCACAAGAAGGUGCACAAAGCAGAGUUUGCUGAUCGAGCUUGUCACCUGAAACUUUCGGCAUCAUCACGAGAACAAACUCGACGAGAUAGCAAUUUGUCUACCAUUGAGUCAGCGAAUACGCAGCAGAUCUUGUCUGUUGAAGAAUGCGGUCAAGUUACCAUCACAGUGGCAACACCAUUAAUGUCCGAAACGCAGCAGAUUCCUAGAGUCAUUCAAACGACCGAUGGAAGCGAAGCCAUACUAGUAACGGCGGAUAUGUUGAGCACGCGAAAUCUCAUUAUUCUACAGCAACCGGAAAAUACAGGAAUUGAAACAUGAUGA